AUGGGUGGCUCAGUUGAUCCCAAGAACGGACAGCGCAGGGGAUCCUUGACAUGGUCGAAAGGAUCGCGAUAUUAUCCGGAUAUCGAACAGAAGAAUCCGAGCUCGAGGAAUCAGAUAGGGCGCAUUGCUAAUAUCCAAUUUACAGGUUGCCCGACCCCCCAGCGCAUUGCCACCUACUCGCUGUCCGCUAACCGUCAGCGUCCCUUCGCCGGUGCUGGCCACGCUGCCAUCUUCAACGUCUUCCGCCGCUUCCGUCACCAGGUUCUCUACGUUGUUCCCCCCUUCGUUGUCGCAUAUGCUGCCAUGAACUGGGCCAUUGAGCGCAACGAGUUCCUGAACUCCAAGCCCGGCCGCCUUCUUGAGGGUGGUGGUGAUGAGGAGUAA